AUGUUUGACGCGAUCGAGGCGGUGGUCGCGGACUAUGCGGCGGGCAAGUUUGUGAUUAUGCUCGACGACGAGAACCGUGAGAACGAGGGCGAUCUGCUGAUCGCCGCGAGCAAGAUCACGACCGAACAAAUGGCCUGGUUUAUCAAGCACACCAGCGGCUUCAUCUGCCUCUCGCUCACGCCGGAACGCCUCGCGCAGCUCGAUAUCCCCAUGAUGGUGCCGAACAACACGGAGAAGCACAAGACGGCCUAUACGAUCACGGUUGACUAUGUCCACGACACGACCACCGGCAUCUCGGCGCACGACCGCGCACUCACGGCGCGCAUGCUCGCCGACCCCACGCUCGGCGCCACGGCCGCUGACUUUUCGCGCCCGGGGCACCUCAACCCGCUGCGGUACACGACGGGGGGCGUGCAGGUGCGCCCGGGGCACACCGAGGCCGCGGUCGAUCUCGCCAAGGCCGCCAACCUGCCGCCGGCCGGCUUGCUGUGCGAGCUGGUCGAUGCGGACGAUGCGCUCGGCGGCAUUGCGGCGCGCGACGCGUGCCUCAAGUUUGCCAAGGAGCACAAUAUCAAGGUCUCGUCGAUCGAGCGCCUGCGCGAGUGGCAGAAUGCGCAAAAGUAA